AUGCUGAUUGUGGCCGUGUCUAGUCCCGCCCAUGCCGAUCCAGCACAUCAAACGCGCAUAUUUGUGGCGAUAGCUCUUUCCACCGACCUCUCGGUGCCUGCCGUCAACCAAGACAGUUAUUGGCUCGCCUGGUCGGUUGUUUCCUCUUUUGGCGGCACUUUCAGCGCCACCAUGCUCGCAGUGGACGACGUGCCAGUGCCUGAAAGCGUCUAUACCACCUCCUCCCUCUACAAAAACCUCCUGAGCGCCGUUGUACUCCCAGCUCAGGCCGGUGAAACGGCUGGUCCAACCAUCUCCGUCCUUUAUCGGGGAAAUGGUCAGCUGAGCACCAAUGCAUACGAACCCCUCGAUGAUUCCACCGGUUUUCGCUACACGGGCAUGGCAUUGGCCCAGUUCUGCCAAACAAAGCUCCUCGCCAACGCCAGUCAAGACGCCUUCACCCUGGCUGGCGAUAACAACUGGCACACAGCCCUCACGGCCAACGUGCAGACCACUGCUACCGACGCCACCGUCCUGGUUUGGUACGCUAUGGCCUACACUCUGAGCUCGUCCCAGUCCGUUUUCUCCCGCCUGCUGGUCGACGGUUCCAACCAUGUCGGAUCAGCGGCUGCAAGUGGCAUGUCUACCGCGGCCACCAAUGCCGCUGCAGCGCUCGUCACUCUGAAUGUUUUGAGCAACGAUGAUACACAUGCCAGUCUGUUUGCCCUUGAGCUACCGCCCAGUGCUCAAGUCUUGGCAUCGCGGGAGAUUGCUCAGGAUGGGUUGACUCUCAACGGCUUUGACGCCUGGACCAUGCUCGAUACUCCGAUGGCAUUUGAUCUCGUGGAGCAAACAACCGUUCUUGUCUUCUGGCAAAUGGCCGUGGAAAGCGGCCAGCUACUGACGGCACAUGCCGUGGUCGACGGUGAAAGCCUUGGGCGAACGCGCUGCAUCAACGGAAACGCUCGCUACUUGACCUGCCGUGGCAUGACCACCGUCACGCUUGAGGCCGGGUCUCACUCUCUACAGAUCCGAUACCGUACCCCAGGCGCGUCUACUUUUGACAGCCCCUUUGAAGCCCGUACACUGUAUGCCAUUGCCCUUCCAGACUGCCCUCCGCCUCAGGGGCCACCGCCCAACGUCACAUGUCCUACAGAGUCCCUAUCCAUUAACACACAAAUGAAUGCCAGUUACGGCGUGCUGAAUCUCACCGCAGACUACGAGGUGUCCACGGACAACGCGACGGUCACCUUCCAUCCCGCCCUGGAGGCCCUCCCGCUGGGCCAAAACACAGUCAACCUCUCGGUGACCGACGACGACAACCGCACGGCCAGCUGUACAUUCAACGUAUCCGUGGUCGAUGAUCAGCCGCCCUUUGUCUUUUGUCCCGACGACAUAACCAUCCCGACGCUACAAGGCAUGAAUUACAGCCUUGUGCCCUCCUUUAACACCUCAGCAUCGGACAAUUCAGGCGCCAUUCCAGCCAUCACGCACGAUGGCGCCGCUGGUGAUCAAGUUCAACUUGGGUCGCCCAAGAUUAUCAUGUCCACGGCCACGGAUGCUGCUGGCAAUGCUGCCAGCUGUACCUUUUUCGUUACAGCACAGGAUAUUGAGCCUCCCGUCAUUUCUUGCCGCAAUAAGGUGGCAAACGUCAGCCUAGGCGAGGAUAGUGUUAUCCUGGGCAACACCACGUAUGCCACGGCUUCCGACAACAGCGGCGUUGUGCAGCUGAACUGCUUUGUGGCAGAAGAUUAUGCCUUUCGCGUUGGGAAUCAUCUGGUGAGCAGCAAACUCGGCCUCUCAUCUGUUUUCUCAUGGUGUGGGCCUCAUCCGCUGCUCACCCCACCAUAUCUGUCCGACGCUUGCUGUUUCAUUCGUCAGGUCACAUGCAUGGCAGAGGACGGUGCAGGGCUAACUGCAUCAUGUCACUCGAUUAUUUCUAUCCGAGACUACGAGGCUCCCACGUGCCCGACAUCGCGUCGCACCUUGAUUGUAGCCAACACCUCCUAUGCCCUGAUGUACAGCGAUCUGGGCAUUUCAGACAAUGCUGACGCUGCGUUGGACAUUGACUGCUCUGUGCCCGAGGAGACUUUUAUCCCCUUUGGCCCUGAAGAGGUGUUUGCUUGUGUGGUCGAUCUCCUGAUUUUGCCCGCAGACCCCGUCGCCGUCGACCACAGCCCGCCUGUGCUGCAGUGUCCUUCAGCCUUGCCCGAUCAGGAACUCCCUGCCUACGCCACCAGUAUGCCUGCAAACUACAGCCUACCGACCGCGUCUGAUAACAUCUACGUGUCAGCUAUUGCUUGCACUCCUGCUCCCGGGGAAGAGCUACCCCACGGCGCAAACAGCAUCGAGUGCACCGCAUGGGAUGUGGCGAACCUGACCGAUCGGUGUGAAUUUCAGGUGUAUGUGCGUGACAUGGUCCCUCCCACCAUCUCAUGUCCCGCAGACAUCUCCAUCAAUGGGGCCCCGGGCGAGUAUGCCGUGCGCGUUGCGUAUGAUCCGCCUGUCGCAUCGGACAACAUGGACUUGCCUGAUGUCGAUGCUGUGGGAUGCUUGCCCGUGUCUAAUUCCAGCUUCUUGAUUGGUGGCACGCGUGUGGAAUGUGAGGCGCGUGAUGUUGACAACAACACGGCCACUUGCAGCUUUGAUGUGGUGCUCCUGGACCGAAAUGCGCCCAUCAUUGCUUGUCCCAGUGAUGUGUCAGCUUGGGCGGAGGGCCCCGACUACCGUGGGGCCUUUAUGACGUAUGCUCCAGCGGUGGCCGCCGAUGAUCAAGAAACAGGCCUGCCGACGGUUACUUAUUCACAAAGCAGCGGAACCUACUUUGCUCUGGGUGCCACAAGGGUCACGGCAACAGCACGUGACGCCUCCAACAACCAAGGCAACUGCAGCUUUGUAGUGACUGUGCUGGAUAACCAGCCCCCGACUCUAACGUGCUUUGAUCCAGCUUAUCAACCAACUGCACCGUCUCUGCCCUACGCGUUUGCAGACUUGCCCGACAUACUUGCGGAAGUAUCUGACAAUUCCAACGCAACCCUGGUGGCGCAAUGCAGCGUGCAGGAAGGCCAACGUCUGGGUGCCGGCACCACACAGGUCCUUUGCUGGGCCACUGAUGCGACGGGGAAUCGGGGCUCUUGCACCACCACGGUGCAUGUGCUGGACGAGGAGGCCCCCAACAUCACGUGCAGCAACUUUACCCAGUUGGCCUACAGUGCGAGCAAUGCCUCAGCGCCCAUGACCACGCUGUAUUAUCCAGCCCCACGCGCUUCGGACAAUGUGCGAGUGGUGUCCGUGGCCUGUGACGUAGUCUUAGGAACCCCGGUCGGUCUGGGGACCACCAACGUGAAUUGUGUAGCGCGAGAUGCGGCAGGCAACAUGGCCCAAUGUUCUGUGACUGUCACCGUGGAACUGGGUGACGCCGACUGCGAGGGGGCAUGGUCAGAGUGGAGUGCGUGUGAAGGGUGUCCAGCAGGCUCCUCGUUUUCGUCCUUUAUCGUUGCAGUUCCGGCGUCAGGGGCUGGCGUGCCUUGUCCAACAAACGUCCGCCAGCGGCCCUGCAAUACAAGCUGUAGCGCUUUGACGAUGGGCUACGAGUUUGUGGCCAUGGAAGCGUACGAGGCAAACGCAACAGAAGCAACCGCAGCUGCAGCUACGGCCGUUGUAAAAGGCCUUUUGGGGCGACUCGACGAUGUGGGUACCUACGAGGUCACGGUGACGACGUUUGUCUCCCCCUGGGGCACGUUGUCGGUGGCCGUGGCUGUGGACGUGCGCACUGCGGCCCUGGCGACCAUGCGUGGCUUUUUGGUGGACAACACGGCCCUGCUGGAAGCGCUGCUGCUAGAUCGGCCGGCAAUUGCUGCCGUGGUCCCGUCGACAGCCACCCUGGUAGAAUAUGGGGAAGGAACGACGCCAGUGACCACGUCGACGACAGUUGCCUCGGGAGGUUUGGCGGGCUCGACCUCAACGACAGGCAACCCGACUGCGGUUGCCAGCAGUGGCGGCGAUGGUCUUGCCCGAGGUGGUGCCAUUGCACUGGGUGUAACCAUGGCACUCGUCAUCUUGCUUGGCGCACCAAUCAUCUACUGGCUCAAUGGUCGUUGGAUUGCGCGCCCAUCUGCCGGCGCGGACCAAGGCCCUGUCAACGAUUCCAGCUCUGAAAUGAUGGCCAGCGUGGAAACAAGAGUUGAUGUUACCCCAGCGCCACUGCUGCCCUCGGUGCAGCUUCGCUCUGACUCAAACAAUGCUGGAAUGUACCGUAUCGGGUGUGAAGCCAUCCUGUCGGCCAGCUUGGUUGACAAGAAUAUCAGCCCGGGAAAGGUGUUCAAGGAUGCCGUUUACUGGUGGUUUGAUUAUCGUCCAAAUUGCCGAACCCUUUAUCAGGCUCUUUGCGUGUUUGAAGCACGUCUAGCGUCUGCAACCUCUUUGCAAAAGCGCGUGUUGGUGAGCUGGCUGAACGACCUGGCCGCAGUAGCUCAAUUGACGCUGAAUGCUGAUGCCUUGACGAGUGCCGUGGGACCCGACGCUGGCCAUGCACCAGUGACCAACCCAACUCCACUCAAGAUCAUUGCCUGUAUGGCCAGCCACAUCACCGACAAAUAUCGACUGCAAGCUUUGGACCGGUGCUUGGCCUCAAUCCAGCGUCAAACAGUCUCGCCUCAACACGUUAUCAUCAGCUGGUCUUGCGGAACGGAGAUGCGAGCUUCCUGCGAGCUUGUGCUGGCCAAAUUUGCCUUCACAACGCUCUACAAUCAAGGAAAAAGGAGCCAAUUUGAGCAUUACGCGCGCAUCAACAAGUACCUGCAGACAGAGAUUCCUUUUGCGGCCGGCGAGGAUGUCCGUUUGCUCUUCAGCGACGAUGAUGAUCUCUGGGAUUCUCUUCGUGUGGAGCAGGUGUUGAACGCCGUCCAGGAUGAUCUUGACUACGCAGUGCACAUCCUGCCGGCUGUUUCGCCGAACGAUUCGCCAAAUGUGCAAGCCAAUCUUGAAGAUUACGGCAAUAUUCCAUUGGCCCUCAUGAAUCGUGUCGUCAGCCCAAUGAGUGGCUUUCGCCCCUCGCCAGUAGUCGAGGGAUCAAGCUUUGAGUUUUGGCAAGCUGCCAUCAAGUUGGAAGUUUUCGCACAAUUUUUUGAGCUAGCAACUGACAAAGUCCUGUCUGAUCAGUAUUGUGACUUAGGCUUUGGCGCCUUUCUGUCUGCGCAGGGCCCACGCCGGACGCUUGAUCAGGAUUUAGCUUGGUGCUACCUCUAUCGUGGUACUUCAAGCCAUGUCUUGACUUUUGAUCCGGCCAAGGCCCACAAACGACAUGUACAAAAGGCCAUCUUGGUAUCAUUUUGCGAUCCUCGCCGACUGCCCAUUGUGCUUCACCAGCUCUACGGCAGCCAAGAACAAGAAACACUGGAUGAGACCAUGUCACCAUUUCAAAAUGAUCCCCAGACAGUGGAGGCGGCGAACUUCCUGAAAACCUUCACGCUGGACGAAUUUUUGAACUUUAUCUGCCAAGCGGCGCAACACUACCAGUUAGGUGAAGAAUUUGAAGCCCUCAUCCGCAGCCACAGGGGCGAACUGGAGACGCGAGAGCGCCUCUUUGCACCAUGAGGUGCUUUGAGACUUGUCUCAGUCUUUACGCGGCUUGGCCCGUCGGGAUGAGGCUGCAGAGGGAACAGACUGGUCUUCUCAGCAGGGACGGCUCAAGGAACAAACAAUUGAUCCCUCAUGCCUAC